CAGGUGAAUUUUUCAUUUAAAUGUAUUGUAAUUGUAAUUUAUUAACAGUUAAUGUACGUGGAUCUGUUAUCAGCUGGAGGUUAUUUUCACGCGUUAUUCCAAAAUAAAUAUGUUAAUAAUUUUGUUAGGAACAAUAAUCGCUGUAGACUAAAUCAGAAUGACUCCCACUCGCGGUAAGAAACUCAAGACGGCAACCAGUUACACUCAACGUCGUCGACGAUUGCGUCAUAUGGCUAGUUAUGCCUCAUCGAUGGGCAGCCCGAAGAUUCCAAGAGAAGAGUCAGUAACUCGUCCGAUAACAUCCGGUCAUUCGUCAACACCACAGCAAGCUCGUGAUACCAACAACAAUAUAGCGAUAAUAAACCCAAACGUGAGACACUAUCUAACGGGAGCCUUUAUCUACAAGAUGGUCUCGGAAGGGAAAUCGGAUGGUGAUCUGCGCCUACACGUGUUCGAGCAAUACGAAGUAAAGGUACGUCGCAAUCAGCUGGAACCCAGGACCAUUGAAUCCAUUGCUUCCGAGUUCUCUGCUGCUGCAACAGGCAAGGCAAUGUACGUAACCAGUAUGUACCUGGCUCAGAGGCAGGUCCCCAAGGUUUGUUUUCAGGAAAGUCUGCUCGAGUUGCAGCGGAAAGCAUUCUGGAAAAUCAAUCAAAAAUAUCGAACCAGCGUGGACUUUCAACGAAAGUAUGUUGAAACCAUUAGACACGAGUAUGAUCCAAACGCGGGAGGUGUUUUUAAGUAUAUUUCAACGGCUAGUUUGAACGUGUCCGGAUGUUAAAAACAGCGCUUUGGCCAUAAUGAACAGAUUGUAAAAUGAUUUUGAAAGAAAUAAAUGUCAUAUUAUGUCAAUUAUUAUAAAGCUA